UGCUCUCUCAUUGCCGGGGCGGACUAGCCACACCUACAGCUGGACUAGCCACACCUACAGCCGGACUAGCCACACCUACAGCUGGACUAGCCACACCUACAGCUGGACUAGCCACACCUACAGCUGGACUAGCCACACCUACAGCUGGACUAGCCACACCUACAGCUGGACUAGCCACACCUACAGCUGGACUAGCCACACCUACAGCUGGACUGGCCACACCUACAGCUGGACUCAAAGAUGCUGCUGCUCCUGCAAAUCGCUCUGGCCGCCAUCUUGCUGACCCCCUCUGGCGCUGAUGUGGACGUGUACGCUAAAACUUUGGAGCGCGGCUUUGAGAUAGCGUCGGCUUGUUUGUUUAAUCGCACCAUCUCACACGUCUGCUACCAGUGCGGCACCCGGCACCCUGAGGAUUUCACGGACGUGUUCAUGGACUGCUGCGGAGAGCCUGACAGCUACAUGAGGGAAUAUUGCCUGCAAACCUUCGUCCAACGCACGUACAAACAGCAUUGAGCGCAGACUACUGUGUCGGUUGUCUCAUACAGAAAACUGUCAAACACUGAGCGCCAUUUUAAAACAGAAAUAAACCGGGAGUGAUCUCCCCUAAACUUU